AUGCUUGACCCAGCAGCGUUCAUAGGUGUUGACCCCAAUGCAGAUUACCCUACUCUCUAUCGCUACUUUGUGGAGGUGUGGAUUUAUCUGGGUCUGGCAUGGCUGUCUUUGUUCUUCAACUGGAAGGUGCGCAUGGUGGUGGAGGCCCACAAAGCUCUAAAAAAGCGUCGUAAAAAGCGCAGACUUUCUCUGUAUGAGCUGCAGUGCAUCAAGGAGAGUCACAAGACCCUUACCCUUCAACCAGCUCCCAAAAAUGUUAACAUCUUCAGUUUUCUGUCCAAGAAAAAACAGGGUUAUAAUGACCUCAUCAAGCAAAUAGGUGUUGAGAAUAGAGAAGAUCUGUGUGUCACUAUUAAAAGCACUAAGUCUAAGGCAACAAACCGCUCUAAGAGCUGUAGUGAUGAUUCUCACAUAAAUGGAAAUGUAAUCAUUAAUCUAGAACGCUCACCUCGGCAGAAGCGCCGCUACAGCUUCAAUGACAGAGUUACUGUGGCCCUUUCCAAAUCUAAGAGUUAUAUUUUUGGCCCAGAAGAAUGUUUUCUCAUGAAUGACAUGCAUGAAGGAGAUUUAAACACAGGCAUUGACACAAUGUAUGAGAAUCAGUUGGAUAAAGAGGCAGAAUAUGACCACAAAGAUCUUGGACCUAGAAGCUGCAGUGGUAGCAGGAUCACAUGGGACUCCAAAGGGUACCCAAACCUUAUGUUUCCCAGAGCCAACAUCACCUUUAUUGAUGAAGAGAACUUUCUGAAUAACAACCUGGAUGAUAAUGAUACAAUGCCCAGAUGUUCAGACGUUGAUGAGAACAUGGAAUCUGAAACAGACUGCAAAGAACCUUGUUCAGAAUCUUGUUCAGAGACCUCAGUGUUUACCACAGAUGAGUCCAACCAGGGCCAUUCUUAUGAGCAGCUGGUGGAAGAGUAUUCCAAAGAGGAAAACACUGAUUUCUGAUUCUUUCUUGUUUUAAACUUCUAACGAAAACCCAGAGUGGAGACUGUCUUAUGGUUUUUGGGACCAGAAAUGAUUGAACAAACCUUUUACCAGUUGUAAUAUGAUUGUCAAAGUUGAAAUCUGUAAAAUGCCUAAAUGCUUAUGCCAAACUUCAAGGAAUUUUGCGGGAUGAAUGACAAGACGCACAAGUCUACUUUUAAACUGUUUGGUUAAAAUGAAAGUUAUUGUAUAAUUUAAAUAUGGUUACAGGUGUACCUAUUAAUAUUUUUACACAUUAUAUUAGUUGACUAAUCAUUAUCAAAUUUAGACUACAACAGGGUAUUUAUUUAAUGUUGAAAAUGUGUCUGAACUGCUGAAACAGUGGUUGUGGGUCUCUAAUCCACAAUGAAUUGACACCAUGGAUUGUUUAUUCCAUAGAGGAUAACUUUGUUUGCUUUAUAUGUUUCACCAUGUUGGUGAUUUUUUUAAAGAAAGAAAGUCCUCCCUUUUCAGUUUGCCUUAGUCAAAGCUUAAUCCUAUUUGAGCCAAGCAGCAUUGUCUUUUUAGGUGUUAAACCUCCUUCAUUUAGCACAAGCUGUUCUUUUAGAAACUAAUGAAUUGUUAUUUUAAAACGUGGGAUUUAUUUUAAAUUGUAUGUUAUGGUUGAUAAUGGGCAUUUUGAUUUUAUUUUAAGUCUAAUUGAUAUAGAUAUUAUAUUUUAAUGUUCCUGAGAUGUAGCCAAUUUCCAUUAAAUAUUUGGAAGUAUAAAAGCAAAACUUGAACUAUUAAAACAGAAAUGAUUGUUGAAUCGGCAGGGCUAGAUAAAUGUUUCCAUAGCUUGUAAAAUAACAGAAAAUUAAAUUACCUGUUUUCACUUCUUAUUUGUUUGAAAAGCAUACAUUUUGGUCUGCAAGGGUUUGUUUACAAACUACAGCAAACAACCAUGUUGACAUUUAAAUGGUAAACUCUCUGCAUAAACUGACGAGGUUUUUAAAUGUACAGAGAAAAUAGUCAUCAUACAGCCAUACAACCAUACAGAUCAAAUUGAGCGAAAGUGGCGGAUGCCGCUAUAGUGGCAUAGAAACGGAUUUACAAAUUGUUGAAGCUAGGGCUGGGCGGAAUGACGGAAUAUUCUGUUACCGCGGAAUAAAAUGUCAACCGUAAGAGAUUUUUCUAUUCCGUGUAUUCCGCGGAAUGUAAAUAAGUAGGCGUGGUUAACUCGGCGCGCUGCAAAUUAGGCGCUAUUCUGAAAAAAACUACUGAAUUAAUCCACCCGUAACAAAUGAAUGUAUCAAACAUUCUUUUGACCUUCUUUCAGUCUGUAGUUUAGUGAUCCGCUCCAGUCCGGCGCGUUCUCUCUCACCCGCAGUGCUCGUCCAGGGAUCUGCGCCAGCAUUUAAAAAAGCUCAUUCUCAACACGUAUUUCAGAAGUCAGGUUGUUUUGAAAAGCUGUUAAUGCGAUGAUGCUCGCGUGCGCGUGCACGAGCGCUUUGAUGUGACGCGCUUCUACCUCCAGUUUUGGGAGACGCGUGAGGAGUCACCAGAGACUCGCAGUGCAAAAACAAGCCCGAGAAUAAACAAACCUAAAGACAGAGAGUCGCAGCGCACUAAAAGUGCUCAUCUAAUAGAGCGUGAAGAGUGAUAAUGACCUACAGUACAGACCCCAUGAACACCAGUUUAGUCAUAUACUGUACUCUCAUUGUUUGUGCAUAUUCAUACUUUACUGUUAUAUAUGUUGUCUAUCUUCCUACUGUAUACAUAUGAUAUAGCCAGAAGAUAAAUAUGAAUAAAUAAUACAUCUGAUUAUCAGAACUUAAUUUGAUAUCUUUAGUACAUUUUCAUAACUUACCUACAUUUUAACUAUGGUGAGCAUUUAAAUGAACUGUAAUAAAUAAAUUAGUUAAAUCAAUCAAAGAAAAAUGAGGUAUAAAACAUAGAAUUAUAAUGGGAGAUUGUUUCAUGAAAUAUAUCGUUACCGUGAAAUAAAAUUACUCAUUCCUUGAAAUAGAUUUUUGGCCAUUCCGCCCACCUCUAGUUGAAGCUAAAGCGAAUUAUAAAAUCGCAUGUGUGGAAGCAUUUCGGUUUUCCGUAACAAGAAACGAGAAAAUGUGACGGACAGACAAAAAACAAUAUGCAGACACUGCCAGACUGCGGUGAAGUACAAUUCGGGGAAUACGACUAAUAUGAAGAACCAUUUGUUACAUCACCCCGAAAAGUUUCAUGAUGAUACGAAGAGAAAAAAAAAUAGCAGUGAGGGAAGCAGUGAAUGAGGCGAGUACCUGACUGGUUGUGAGUUGUUAAAAGUUGACAAACAACUCAAACUUUUUUCAUUUUAAUUUUUUCAUGUUUCAUGUUCUCAAUUUUUAUGUUAUUAAUUUUUAUGCUAUUAUAUUACUGUUCUUUGCACUUUAAAAUUACCUAAUCUAAAAAUAAUAAAUGUGAUCUUUGUUCAGUCAUAGUUUAAUAAACACUUA